AAUUGGAUUUUUUUCGUAAUCGAUUUCCAUUUCUUCUAUUUGAAAUCUUCGGCUUCUUUGCUCUUUCUUCAUUAUUUAGUCAUCAACCAUUUUCACAAAAAAUCAAGCCUUACUUCUGAUCAUGUAUCCUGAUCAUCACUUUUAAAACUGAUGAUUUAUAACUUACUUACACUAUCGUGUAGAUUAAAUUCUAGUCUUAGUGAACUUCUUCAAUGGAAGCGGAUUUCGUCACCAAUGGCAUGUUCAUAGAAGAACCCUCUGAAGCUGAGGAGAAUGCGCACAAUGAUAAUUUAUUUAUUGAAGGGGAAAAAUGUGGAAUUUGCAUGGAUAUUGUCAUUGACAGGGGGGUUCUGGAUUGCUGUCAACACUGGUUCUGUUUUGUAUGCAUUGACAAUUGGGCUUCCAUCACAAAUCUCUGCCCACUUUGCCAGAAUGAGUUUCAGCUAAUCACAUGUGUUCCAGUAUAUGAUACCAUUGGAAGCAAUAAAAUCGAAGAUGACGUGUUAUCCAGAGAUGAUGACUGGUCCAUUGAAGGGAGGAAUAACACUCUGUCAUUCCCUUCAUACUAUAUUGAUGAAAAUGCAGUUGUUUGCUUGGAUGGUGAUGGCUGCAAAAUUCGAAGUGGAUCAGCAACCAUUGAAGGUGAUUUGAGCCUUGAUACAUCAAUUGCUUGUGAUUCAUGUGAUAUGUGGUAUCAUGCUUUUUGUGUGGGAUUUGAUCCUGAAGGUACAUCUGACGUUACAUGGUUAUGCCCAAGAUGUGUGCCAGAUAAAGUUACUGAAAACAUGGAUGCAAGUUCAUUAGAGAAGACAACCAUGGAAAUCAACCCAGAAAAUGGUGACAAGGAAUGUCAGGCUGAGGAAUCAUUUUCAGGAAAAGUUUCUGUAUCUGUUGCUGAUGCUGGAGAGACAGCUGUUGUUGUCUCUUUGGUUGAAGGAACCCAAUGGAGUCCUGUAUCAAGAGAGGAGGGUUUAUCACCCCUUGAAGCUUGCCAGAAUCCAAUGACUGAAUCAUGUUCUUCCAUAUCUGACGUCAAUAAUCACCAAAGUAAUACAGAGAAGACUGUUAAUUCACCAGGGGUGCAACAGGAGCUGGAGCUGUCCUUAUCACACAACGUGGGCUGUAGCUUGUCCUCUAACACCUUAGGGCCUGAUGAUUUGAAGAAGGGCACUUCUGGAGAAAGGAGUGAUCCAAGUAGCUUAAGUGGAACCAAAAUAUUUAAUGAAUCCCAUGACAGAGCUAGUACAUCUAGAAAUGGAUCUGAUAUGGGUCUUCAUCUCGGUUUGUCAGUUGGCUCCUUUUUAUGUGUUGAUGACGCAGACAUGAAUGCAACAAGAGAUCAAGAAACUGAUCUCCAGCAGUCAAGUUUAGAAGAUUUUAUUUUGAAAGGAGAUGAAAUGGAACCAAAUGCUCUUAAUGACAAUGCCAGAGUAAAUGGGGAAAAGAGAAAGCAUGCUGAUUACAGUAAUGAUGAGGUUCGCAUAGAAGUUGAUAGAGAUGCCGAACUCAAACCUGAAGUUGAAGUGUCACAAAAGAAACUCAAAACUGAUGGCAGUGUACUGACUAAUCAUGAGAACGGAGCAGGUGCUCAUCUUUCAGAUGAUACUAAAACAAACCCUUCUACUACACCCAUUUCCAGUCACGAUGAUGUAAAGCAUCAUUCAACAAAGGAGAAUGCUGCAUCAGAUAUAAUGAGUAUAGUUAAAGGCACGAAGUGGAAGCCUUCAAAGGAAAUUUCUGGAUCCAAAUCCUGUGAUAAGUUAUCCAAGAACAACGAAAAUAUGGCAGGUUUGAGGGUAAAAAAGAUCAUGAAGAGAGCUUCAGAUCAUGGGGAGUUAUCCUUAGUUCAAAACCUAAGGGCAGAAAUUAGAGAAGCUGUCCGUAACAAAUCCUCUAAAAGUUUUGAAGAAAAUCUUUUUGAUACAAAGCUUCUUGCAGCAUUCAGGGCUGCUGUAGCAGGGCCUAAAACUGAACCUCUAAAUAAGCUGCCCCCUAUGGCUUUGAAGGCAAAGAAGUCAAUGUUGCAGAAAGGAAAAGUCCGUGAACAUCUAACUAGGAAAAUUUUUGGGAAUUCAAAUGGAAGAAGAAAGCGUGCAUGGGACAGGGACUGUGAAAUUGAGUUUUGGAAAUAUCGUUGCUCUCGAGCAGCGAAGCCUGAAAAGAUUGAAACUUUGAAGUCAGUUCUGGAUCUUCUAAGAACGAGUCCAGAGAGUGCAGAAGCGAAGGAGGGUCCUGAAGGUCAGGCCAAGAAUUCUAUUCUUUCCAGGUUGUAUUUAGCAGAUACAUCUGUUUUCCCACGAAAAGAUGAUGUCAAGCCACUUUCUGUCCUUGAAACUGCUGCUAACUCUGAGCAGAAUGAAAAACAUAACCUUUCAGGAAAAGCAUCAAAUCAGUCUCUUGGUAAUAGUCCUAUUAAAGCAAAAGAGAUAAAUAAUGUCUUACCAAAAGCCAGAGAUUGCUUAUCUGAAAACAAAGUAAAUAACAAGAUUGUACAUAGCUCAGUUCGUGGUAAUUCAGCUUCUGGUAAAGUACCUUCAAGCAGACAUUCAGAAGGGGCAGCAGGUUCUUGCCCUGGUGACUCCAGAGUUGAGUCAAAGGAGUCAUGCGUUAAAUCGGAUUGUAUAAAGAGUGACAAAAGAAAAUGGGCCUUGGAGGUUCUUGCAAGAAAAAGUGCUGCUGCUGGCAAGAAAAUGACAAAUGACAAUCAGGAAGAUAAUGCACUUCUUGAAGGAAAAUAUCCUUUACUGGCCCAAUUGCCAGCUGAUAUGAGACCAGCAUUGGCGCCCAGUCGCCACAAUAAAAUUCCUAUAUCAGUAAGGCAGACACAACUUUACCGCCUGACUGAACACUUCUUGAGGAAUGCAAAUCUGUCAGUCAUUCGCAGAACUGCAGAUACAGAAUUGGCCGUUGCAGAUGCAAUUAAUAUUGAAAAAGAGGUGGCUGACAGAUCAAACAGCAAGCUAGUGUAUCUGAAUCUCUGUUCACAGGAACUCUUGCACCGCUCAAGUAAUAGAAAAUCCAAUGGAGCAACAGAUAUAAUUCCACAGGUCUCAUCAUCAGUCCCUGCUGAUGGAGCAGAACAACAUACUGAUGAUGAUCCUUCAACUGACUCUGCAGUCCAAAUAGCCCUUAAAAAUGCUGGUCUUUCGUCCGAUUCUCCUCCCUGUAGUCCGAGUGAGAAAAGAGAAAUAUCCAAUAAACAAGUUGAUGUUUCAGGGCCUGAUAAUAUUCUCGAACUGGAUUUUCAACCAGAGAUGGAUAUUUAUGGGGACUUUGAUUAUGAUUUGGAAGAUGAAGAUUACAUUGGUGCAGGUGUUGCUAGAGGCUUAAAUUCACAAGAAGAAGAAAGCGAGUCAAAAAUGAAACUCAUUUUCUCUACCACGAACUUGAGGAGUUCAGAUACUGUUUUGGAUUGUACGGAUUCUGAGAGCUUGGAAAACAAUGACGUUCCACGAGACCCCUCUUGCUCAUCAAAUCAUGAUGAUGCGGCUAACGCGGACCCCGCAAUUGAUGCAGAGACUGACAAUCAUCCUCCUGCUCCUUCUGAGGCCCUUCUCAGUGAGCCAUGUGAUGCAGAAUGCGAAGAAUUAUAUGGUCCAGAGAAAGAACCACUUACAAAAAAAUUUCCGAAUGAGGAAUUUAUAACAUUACAUGGAGAGGGCAAAUCAGGAACUUCAACUGAAGGCAAUGACUGUCAUAAUAAAGAACAAGCGUCAGACCAAGCAGUAAAUGCGUCUGAAUCUGGGAAUGACGAACUUGCAAAGAACACGCCGGUCACUGCUAUUGCUAACAAUUCAUCUAAUGCAUCUGAUAUUAGUGAAAAUUUACAGAGGGAGGGAGAGAAAUCUGACACCGCCCCUGAGCAGUCUGACCCUGCAAAUAAUGUAGUCAGAAAGGUUGAAGCUUAUGUCAAGGAGCAUAUCAGACCAUUGUGCAAGAGUGGUGUGAUCACAGCUGAACAGUACAGGUGGGCCGUCGCAAAAACAACGGAAAAGGUUGUGAAGUACCAUUGUAAAGCCAAGAACGCCAACUUCCUCAUAAAGGAAGGCGAGAAAGUGAAGAAACUCGCAGAGCAGUAUGUUGAAGCAGCCCAACACAAUAGGAAAAAUUGAUUCCUUGUAAAAUCAUUCUCUCUGUUACUGAAACCCUUCAGAAUCUUGCUCUAGUUGUACAGCUGUUCUUAUAUUUUCGAUCUAACCCCAGCUCAGCGUUGCUUAAGAUAUUGAACAAAAGUUAGUGACAUUUAUAGGUUUUGAUUAAGAAUAGCUUAACAAGUGAUAGAAACCCAAGUUUCGAGGUAAAA